AUGCUAGACACAAAUAUAACUAGCAAUGACGAUACACCAUUAUUUGAUGUCGGUACACAGCAAUCCUAUGCAAUACAGUUUUGGAUAUUUCUAUUUUUACUGAUUCCAUCAAUGAUUUCUGCAUUGUUUGCUUUAUACCAUCUCCUACGAGAACGAGCACUUCGUCAAGCACUUCACAAUCAUAUUAUAAUCAUUCUUCUUAUUAUUAAUCUAUUCUAUCAGAUGACAGAUAUGUGUUUUUUCAUUCAUUAUUUUCGAUCUUAUCAAUCUUUUAUGCCAACACCUACUUUUCGUCUGUUUUGGGGAUAUAUUGAUUGGUCGAUAUAUGGUGUUCAGUCUUUCCUUUAUGCAUGGGUCACAGUUGAAAGACAUAUUCUUAUAUUUCAUGAUCAUUUGUUAUCCACUAGAAAGAAGCGAUUUUUUAUUCAUUAUCUUCCUCCAGUUAUAAUUACAAUCUAUCCUUUAUUGUAUUAUGCAAUAGUACAUUUUGUCCCAACAUGUGAGAAUACUUUUGACAAUUUAACAACACCGGGUUUUUAUCCUUGUGAAUUUAGCGAUGCAGUAUUCGGCACGUAUGAAAUAGUAGCUGAUGCAAUAAUACCUUGUUUCACAAUUGUUAUAUCGAGUGUUGCUCUUUUGUUCCGUGCUGUAUGGCAACGAUAUCAUAUGCAUCGACAGAUUCAAUGGCGACAAUAUCGAAAAAUGACACUUCAAGUCAUAAUUAUAUCAACAAUUUAUCUGAUUUUACCGUUUCCUUAUAUGAUGAUAACCUUUCUUCAUCUUUGUGGUAUGCCAGCAGAGAUUGGAGCUGAGUUUUUAUCACGUACAAUGUUUUUCACUUAUUAUACGUUGUUUCUUUUUCCAAUAGUCUCCGUUGGUGCACUAUCAGAACUGCGUGAAAAAGUGAAGAGUAUUAUACGAUUUCGCAGACAACGACGUAUAGUUGGUACGUUAAAUAGUACAAGGGCACAUAUGACAAAUAAUCGAGUUUUUCUUCGAUGA